AUGUCACAAAAUUUGACCAAAAAAUGCAUCGCUACGGCUAAUGCAGGAAUUCACGUCAACCCUCGCGUUGUGAAGGCUCAGUAUGCCGUGCGCGGCCUGAUCCCUACUCGUGCGAAGGAGAUCCAAAAAGAAAUCAUGGACGGCUCGACAAAAUAUCCUUUUUCAGAGUUGGUGUGGUGCAAUAUUGGCAACCCACAGGCUUUAAGUCAAAAGCCUCUCACCUUCCCUCGGCAGGUGAUGUCGUUAUUUGAUGCGCCGUUUCUCUUGGAUAUCCCUGCGGUAUUGGAGCACUACCCGCCGGAUGCGGUGGCUCGUGCGCGGGAGUACCUGAAGGAUGUGAAGAAUGUCACUGGCGCGUAUACGGACUCAUUCGGAUACACCUUUGCACGGAAAGCGGUCGCGAAGUACAUCAACGAGCGCGAUCACCACAUCCGGCCCGAGUCGACCUACCAUAACGUUGUUUUGACAGACGGGGCGAGCACUGGGCUCCGCUUCAUCCUGGAGGUGAUGAUGGCGGCGCCGACCGACGCGACGUUGACGCCGAUCCCGCAGUAUCCGCUGUAUAUUGCCGUGCUCAACCUGCUCGACGCACACGUCGCACCCUACUACCUAAAUGAAUCGGAUGGCUGGUCUAUGACUAUCGAUGAGCUGGUCAAUUCCUACAACAAGAGCGUUUCAGAAGGCGCCACACCUCGGGUGUUCGCCUGUAUUAAUCCCAGCAACCCUACGGGAAGCGUGCUUCCUCGUGGGAUGAUGGAGGAUAUGGUGCGAUUCUGCCACGAGCGGUCGUUGAUGCUGUUGGCGGACGAGGUCUACCAGUUGAAUAUCCACGCCCCAGGGCUGAAGUUUGUAAGCUUCCGAGAGGUGAUCUUGUCGAUGCCGGAGCCGUAUAAGUCGGAGACGAUGUUGAUCUCCCUGAAUUCAACUUCGAAGGGCAUCCUGGGCGAGUGUGGACGGCGUGGGGGGUACCUUGAGAUGCUGAACAUCCCGGAUGUGGUAUACCAGCAACUGACCAAGUUGUGCUCGAUGAACCUAUGCUCGAAUGUGAAUGGGCAGUUGAUGACGGCGCUAAUGUGCGACCCGCCGCGGAAAGGGGACCCGAGCUACGAGUUGUAUAUCUCUGAAUACCAAGGGAUUGAGGACAGCCUGCGCGCGCGUGCGGCGUUGCUAACAGAGGAGUUCAAUCAGAUUCCAGGAAUUAAAUGUCAGGUGGUGUGUGGUUCGAUGUACGCGUUUCCAACCAUCGUCCUGCCUGCGAAAUGGGCUGAGUAUAACGAGAUGCAAAACAAGGAGGAGGGACGCAGCCUGAAGCCCGAUGAGCGUUGGGCCCUGGAUCUUCUGGAAAAGACCGGAAUUGUGGUGGUCCCGGGGUCUGGAUUCGAUCAGGUGCCCGGUACCUUUCAUUUCCGCACGACAAUUUUGCCACCAACUGAGAAGAUGAAGGAUGUGGUGCGGAAAAUGCGUCAAUUUCAGGAAGAAUUCUUCGCGAAGUUCGGAUAA